AGUGGGCAGGGCUCAGACUAGAGAGAGCUAUAAAGCUCCUCUGCGACUCGGUUUCAUUCACAACGUCACUCUGGAUACUACAAGCUUUGACCGAGAAGCCCCCUCCUCGGGAAAGGAAAGCAGGGAUUUCACAAACCUGCCCGUGUGGACUAUGAGAAUGUCAGCGGAAGAGAUCAGUCAGGUCCUCAAGGAGGGAGAGCUGGAGAAGAGGAGCGACAACCUGCUCCAGUUCUGGAAGAGGAAAACGUGCGUCCUGACCACAGACAGCCUCAACAUUUAUGCCGACACGCAGAAGCGCUCAAAGGGCAAGGAGCUGAAGCUGCAGUCCAUAAAGAAAGUGGACUGCGUGGAGCGCACCGGCAAGUUCGUCUAUUUUACCAUCGUAACUACAGACAAUAAGGAGAUCGAUUUCCGGUGCUCCGGGGAGGAGAACUGCUGGAACGCUGUGAUCACCAUGGCCCUGAUCGAUUACCAGAACAGAAAGGCCAUCCAGGACUUUAAAACGCGGCAGGACAACGAGAGCGCGUCACCCGGACAGCAGGAAAGACGCAUGGCGAGGGCGCCCUGAGCGCACGAGGACUCCGGCACUUAUCCACUCCAAAUAUGAGUCACUAUGGACCAUACAGAAAUGUUCCGCGGACCAAAAGGAAGACGAGGUCAUCCGGUCCAGAGAUGAAGGAUUGUUCGGGACUGAGCUCUCAGAGAGAGAAGACAGACAGUCAAACAGUGAUCCACAAACAGGACUGAACCCUUGAAUUGUCAAAACUAUUUCAAGUUUACUCUCCUGGGAGGAAUGACUCCUAAAACCAUGAUGUUAAUUUAUUUGUUUCCAGGAUAUUGUUUUACUGGCAAACAGCGUAUUGUUUAAAUUAUUUACUAUUUCCAUGUGUGUUGAGUGUGUAUUUAUUUGAAUAAAUAUUCAUGCCUUUGACAUAA